AUGUCCGAACCUCAAGCUUUGUACGCCACUGACGAGUAUGGUCGUCCUUUCAUCAUUCUCCGAGAACAAGCCAAAAAGACUCGCAGCCAUGGUGUAGAAGCGAUCAAGUCACAUAUUUUGGCUGCACGUACAGUCGCCAACAUUAUACGAACAUCUCUGGGCCCGCGAGGCCUCGACAAAAUCCUCAUUUCCCCGGACGGCGAUAUCACGGUGACCAAUGAUGGCGCAACAAUAUUGAGUCAAAUGGAAGUUGAGCACCAAAUCGCGAAACUUUUGGUGCAGUUGUCGAAGAGUCAGGAUGAUGAAGUCGGGGAUGGCACGACCGGUGUAGUCGUCCUUGCGGGCGCGCUGCUUGAGCAGAGUGAAGGAUUACUGGAUCGGGGAAUCCAUCCCAUCCGGAUCGCGGACGGGUUCGAUAGGGCUUGUGCUGUCGCAGUCGAGCACCUCGAUCGAAUUUCCGACACCGUUGAGUUCUCCCCAUCCGACACGUCAAAUCUUAUCAGGACGGCGCAAACGAGUCUGGGCAGCAAAAUCGUCUCGAAGGAGAAUGAGAAGUUUGCUGAGAUCGCUGUGGAAGCUGUCUUGUCCGUCGCCGACUUCGAGCGCAAGGACGUACCCUUCGACCUCAUCAAGGUCGAUGGCAAGGUCGGCGGGUCACUAGCCGACACGACGCUCAUUAAGGGUGUGCUUGUCGACAAGGACAUGUCUCACCCACAGAUGCCGCACACCGUAACAGACGCGAAAAUCGCCAUCCUCACAUGUCCGUUUGAGCCACCACGACCAAAGACGAAGCACAAGCUCGACAUCACCUCUGUCGAGGAGUACCGGCAUCUGCGAGAGUACGAGCAGAGCAAGUUCCACGACAUGAUCAAGCUUGUCAAGGAUAGCGGCGCGAAUCUGGUGAUUUGUCAAUGGGGCUUUGACGACGAGGCGAAUCAUCUGCUCAUGCAAAACGAUCUGCCCGCCGUGCGAUGGGUAGGAGGCCCGGAAAUUGAGCUUAUUGCUAUUGCCACAAAUGGACGUAUCGUGCCGAGGUUCGAAGAUCUCACUCCGGAGAAGCUCGGCCAUGCAGGCAUCGUCCGUGAAGUUUCCUUUGGCACAACGCGUGACAAGAUGCUUGUCAUCGAGAAGUGUGCAAACCCGCGGACAGUAACGAUCUUCGUGAGGGGCAGCAACAAGAUGAUCGUCGAUGAGGCUAAGCGCGCCCUGCAUGAUGCGCUCUGCGCGGUGAGGAACAUGGUCAUCGACAAUCGGGUUGUCUAUGGUGGGGGCGCGGCCGAUAUAAGCUGUUCACUGGCAGUUGCGAAGGCUGCAGAUGAGAUCCCGUCUAUUGAGCAAUAUGCUAUGCGCGCAUUCGCAUCGGCGCUGGACGCGAUCCCUCUCGCUCUUGCAGAAAACAGCGGUCUCUCACCCAUCGAGACGCUUGCGGAAGUCAAAAGUCGACAGGUGAGAGAAGGCAAUUCGGCACUGGGUAUCGAUUGCCUUGGCAAGGGCGACAAUGACAUGAAGAAUCAGUGGGUUUACGAUCCGCUGAUCGCGAAGCGUCAGCAGUACUUGCUCGCUACGCAGCUUGUUCGGGCAGUCCUCAAGAUAGACGAUGUAAUCACUGCUGGAGAAGCAGAGGACUAG